GUCUUUAUUAAUAUUCAAUUUUAUUAUUACAUAAAAUCUCUCUCUCUCUCAAAACUCUGAGUCGCGAAUCUACGUUGAGUCGCCAAAUGAUGGGUACCCAAAUUCUGAGACGCCUUCUUGGAAGCCCUAACUCAUCUAGGGCUUUUUCAUCCUUCAAUCGGUCUUUCUCUUCAUCCGAUUCCUCCUCCAAUCUGAUCCGCGCCACUCUUUUCCCCGGCGAUGGAAUCGGGCCCGAGAUCGCUGAGGCCGUCAAACAGGUAUUUAGAGCAGCUGACGUGCCAAUUGAAUGGGAAGAACACUAUGUGGGGGACCAAAUAGAUCCAAGAACCCAGAGUUUUCUCACAUGGGAAAGUCUAGAAUCUGUGCGGCAGAAUGGUGUAGGCUUGAAAGGGCCAAUGGCCACACCAAUUGGAAAAGGACAUCGAUCCUUGAACCUUACACUAAGGAAAGAGCUUAAUUUAUAUGCCAAUGUUAGGCCUUGCUACAGUCUCCCUGGGUAUAAAACUCGGUAUGAUGACGUAGAUCUCAUCACUAUCCGUGAAAACACAGAAGGGGAAUACAGUGGACUUGAACAUCAAGUGGUGCGAGGUGUAGUUGAAAGCCUCAAAAUAAUUACUCGUCAGGCUAGUUUGAGGGUGGCUGAGUAUGCAUUUCACUAUGCCAAGACCCAUGGAAGAGAGAGGGUAUCCGCAAUACACAAAGCCAACAUCAUGCAGAAGACUGAUGGCCUCUUUCUUAAGUGUUGUCGGGAAGUUGCAGAGAAGUACCCAGAGAUAAAAUAUGAGGAAGUUGUCAUUGACAAUUGCUGUAUGAUGCUUGUGAAGAAUCCUGCACUUUUUGAUGUGUUGGUGAUGCCUAACCUCUAUGGUGACAUUAUUAGUGAUCUCUGUGCUGGCUUGAUUGGGGGACUAGGCUUAACACCAAGCUGCAAUAUUGGAGAGGGAGGUAUUGCUCUUGCUGAAGCCGUUCAUGGUUCUGCACCAGAUAUUGCUGGAAAGAAUAUGGCGAACCCAACUGCUUUGAUGUUGAGUUCUGUCACAAUGCUUCGCCAUUUGAAGCUCCAUGAUAAAGCUGACCAAAUCCAGAAUGCCAUCCUCAACACAAUUUCGGAGGGAAAGUAUAGAACUGCUGACCUUGGUGGCAGUUCAACAACAACUGACUUUACAAAGGCAAUUUGUGACCAUCUUUGAAGAAUAUUUCUGCAUAGAAUUUGUAUUUUUUUUAACUGAUAAGAGACCAAAAUUUGAUAUUUGCGACGGGUUCAACAACAGUUUGUUCCAUGUGCUGUUCCUGUUGGAGCCACGGAGAAGACCUUUUCUAGUUGUUUUUUUGGGUGAUCACCUUUGAUGAUGACUUAAAUGAAGAUCAUCAGAUUAUGUCACUGUUCAGCGAUAAAUAGGUUCCUGGGCAUCUGCAGAUAGACUAAAAUAUGGUUUAGGCCCAGGAACUUGCUGGCAUGUACAAAACGUCUGAAAAAUAAAGAGAUGAAUCCCGUCUUAGGAGCAUGGUACCUUUCUCUAUGGUCUGUUUGUUUUGUUUUUAUCAAUAUACGCAAAAUAAAUGCACAAUGAUGUGGUAUUUUUUUCUUUCCUCUGAA